AUGCGGCGAGUGCCCUGUAUAAAAUGGCUCCCAUCGACGACUGUCGUUGCCAUCAUCAGCUUCUCCAUCGUCUUCCUCAACACCAGCCUCCAGCACCCUGCUUCAAUCGUGCUCCAGCAUUUGCUUCUCAACCGCUUUCUUGUUCUCAUCUCGUCGAUUCCAUUCAGCACCAUGUUUGUCCUCAGUCCCGAGCGCAUCACCGCCUGGCAGCGCGUGCUGGCUUACUAUGCCUCGUCGACGCUGGUGGGUCGCUUGGCCCUCAAGGCUGCCGGUGCCACCGAGAUGGGCGAGUCGUCGGGCUCGCUGACGGUUGUGGAUAACCGCACCAACCGGAGCUACAACAUCGACAUCCACCACAACGCCAUCAAGGCCACCGACUUCCGCCAGAUCUCGGCCGCCGGCAUCGCCGCCGACCCCGUCGACCAGGUCGAGUCCGGCCUGCGCAUCAUCGACAAGGGCUUCCUGAACACGGCCUGCAUGGAGUCGUCCGUCACCUACAUUGACGGCAAGAGAGGAUGCAUCCAGUACCGGGAUACCUCCAUCGACGACCUGUUCCGCGACAACGACUACGAAGAGGUCAUGCACCUGCUGAUCUGGGGCCACCUGCCCUCUGCCGUGGAGAAGCGUAAGCUGCGCCGCUCGCUGGCCGCGGCCAUGGUGCCGCCGCAAAGCGUCGUGGAUGUCAUCCAUGCAUUCGACCGCGACGCCAUCACCAUGUCCAUGCUCCUGGCCGGCCUUUCGGCGUUUGCGGCCGUCGACGAGGGCACCAAGGAGGUGCACACGUCCGGCCGUCCGGCCUACCUGGGCAAGACGGAGGCCGUCGAUGCCGCCAUCAUCCGCACGCUGGCAGCGCUCGCCACCACCAUCGCGCUGGUCUACUGCCACAAGCGGGGCAAGGCCUUCACUCCGGCGGACCCCAACGGGUCGUACAUUGGCAACGUGCUCCUGAUGAUGGGCUUCCACGAGCCGGGCCAGAAGAAGCCGAACCAGAAGAUCGAAGAGUGCUUCGAGAAGCUGUGGGUGCUGUACGCCGACCACGAGAUGACCAACUCGACGGCGUCGUUCCUGCACGCGGCAUCGACGCUCACGGACCCGAUUUCGUGCAGCAUCACGGGCAUCGUGUCGGCGUACGGGCCGCUCCACGGCGGCGCCAUCGACCUGGCCUACAAGGGCUUCGAGGAGGUGGGCGCGCCCGAGAACGUGCACCUUUUGAUCAGCGACGUCAAGGCCAAGAAGCAGCGGCUGUUCGGCUACGGGCACCGCAUCUACAAGACGGUGGACCCGCGCGCCAAGUUCAUCCGCGCCAUGAUGGACGAGCACAGCGAGCUGAUGGAGCAGAACCCGCUGCUGCGCAUCGCGCUCGAGGUGGACCGCGUGGCCAACAGCGACGCCUACUUCACCAGCCGCAACCUCAAGGCCAACGCCGACCUGUACGGCUGCUUCCUGUACACGGCCAUGGGGUUCGAGACGGACAUCAUCAUCCCCAUGGCCAGCCUGUCGCGCACGGCGGGCGUCAUGGCGCACUGGCGCGAGGCCAUGCACCAGACGCCCAUGCUCUGGCGGCCGCUGCAGGUCUUUACGGGCUCAGCGGCGCAGUAG